AUGGGCCCCGCCCUCCGGCUCGAUCGCCCCCCCCGGCCGCCCCCUCCCCACUCGGCCCCGCCCCCGCGCUGGCCCCGCCCCGCGCGCGCUCACCGGCCGCGCUCCCGCUCCCGCCGCCACCGCCGCUUCCGGGGCCGCCGCGCCGCGCGUCCCGGGCGGAGCCUGGGCCCAGCCUCGUGCCGAGGGCGGGGUCAUAGGGACCCCUAUAGGGGCUAUAGGAGCCUGGCUCCGCCCCCGCAGGGCCCCAAGGGCUACAGGGGUCCCCUAAAUGUCUCUGGGGGCACCCCGGCGGCCCUGCAGGGGCUGGACCCCAAGGCUCCCACAGGGGCCCCCCUAAAGUUCCCCAGGGAUUGCCCAGGGGAGCUUUGUGCCCCCACCUCGUGUCCAGCCCAGGGGCCGGGCUCCAGCCGGGGGCGGGGCCUGGGGACUGAAAACCCCCCCAGGUCCUCUCCGUGCCCCACACACCUGAGACCCCCAGCACUCCCACAGGACCCCGAUGGCACCUCCACCGCCCCCCGGCCACCUCAGCCUGGCCCGCGGGGUCCAGGUGAGAGGAACACCCGGGGAUUUCGGGGGGGGCCGCUCGGAGCUCAAGGGGCCGCGGGCAUCCGGGGCGGAGUGGGGGCACGAGCGCGGCCGCGACACUUCCUGGCCCCGGAAAGGGGAAGUGAAAGAAGGGACCCAUCUUCACGGGGGGGACCCCGAGAGGUUGGGGGGACGCGGGAACUCUGGCAGCCCCCAUUUUGGGGGGCCGCAGGUGAUUCCCUGCCUCCCCAGCCCCCCCUGUACCAGGACGCUGUCGCUCGCCGGGCCCUGCGGCCCACCCUGCUCAGGAGUGUUUCGGUGCCGGCCGAGCCCCCCGCGCCCCCCACCAUGGAUGUCACCUACGCUGUGGUCAACAAACCCCGCCGGGGGGGCGGGGCCGCAGGAAGGGGCCACUCCCCUUUGGAUAGAGACCACGCCCUCUUCGCAAAAGACUCCGCCCCCUCGGGCACGUGCUCGCUCCCGGGGAGCCCCGUGCGCCGCCCCUCCCCCAGCCCGGCAGGCUCCCCCAGACCCACGGAUGGCACCUACGAGGUCGUGACCCCCUCCGCAGACCUCGGUAGCAGCCCCUGCCUCGGGUUUAACUUCCGCAUUGGGAAGCCCAAGGGCCCGCGGGACCCCCCGGCCGAGUGGUCUCAGGUUUGAGGGGGGGGCCGGAUCCCUGAGCCCCCCCCACAGAGGAGGGGCCACAGCAGAACCCGGCCAAUCCUUACAGAGCCCAAUAUACAGAAAAACGAUUUAUUACGACAAAUAAAAACUG